GGCGGCGGCGGACUUCGCAGCCCGCUUCGAUACCGAACGCGUUCUUUCCCCAAGAGCGGGAGACAUGAGCGGCGGCCGGCUGGUCCAACUCGAGGACGACAUGCAGAAGCAACUUGCGGGCACGGAGCAAAGGGCCAGGGAGGAGGAGCGCAAAAAAAUGGAAGAAGUCCUGUGGAACCUGCAGCGGAAACACGAAGACCAGAUUGCGGACCUGCAGGCCACCGUGGACCGACUCCUGCAGAGUCAAGCCGAGUCUCGGUCGGCCCGAUCCAAGGAGGAGCAGCUUGACGUCGGCCGACACGUGGGCCAACUUUCGCAGGAGAACGAGCAGCUGCGCUCGUCUCUGCUGGAGGCCCAAAGCGACGUGGGCGCGCUGCGCUCCGAGCUGGACAAGCUGAAGGACAUGUACGCCGACGAGCGGGCUCAGCGCGAACGAGAAACCAACCAGCUGAAGAAGAUGGUGAUCGAGUACGAGUCUUACUCCAGUCAAGUCCAGAUUCUACAGGACUUGAACAAGCAGCUGUGCGACAGCAACGACGGCUUGCGCUCGGCGUUGGCAUCGGAAGUCAAGCGCAAGGUCCCUGCCAAGAACGAAGCGCCCGCUCGCAGAAUGAAGCCCGUCAGGCAGAGCACCCUCAAGCACCACAGCUCGAGCAUGUCCGACGUGUCCCUGUGGGCCGACAAAUACCUGGACAGCGGCGUCUCGCUGCCCCCGGACGCCAGCGAGAGCUCGGUCAGCGACCUGGACACCGAUAUGGACUUGGACACGGACGACGGCCGAGGCUCCACCGAGACCGUCCACCGCAGCUACUCUUGCGCCCACUCCGACGGCGAGUUGCUGGACACCAAGUCUGAGGCGGGGCUGUCCUUGGCGCAGAGCUUGGGAAGUUCCAACGCGUCAUCCAUGCGAAAGCAGUUGUCUGCCUUUGCCAAAGAGACGGCGGAGCCGGAGGCGGCCCACGCGGACGACGCCGUGCCCAUGUACCGCCUGGUCCUGGCCGGAGACGCCGGUGCGGGCAAGUCCAGCUUCCUGCUGCGGCUGGCGCUCAACCAGUUCAAAGCCGACAUCCAGACCACGUUGGGGGUGGAUUUCCAGAUCAAGAAGAUGCUCGUGGACGGCCAGAAGACCAACCUGCAGAUCUGGGACACGGCCGGACAGGAAAGGUUCCGCAGUAUCGCCCGCUCUUAUUUCCGCAAAGCUCACGGCGUUCUGCUCUUGUACGACGUGACUUCGGAGAGCAGCUUCCUUAACAUCCGAGACUGGCUGGAUCAGAUCCAGGACGCCACCGAGGACACGGUUCCCGUUUGCAUCAUCGGCAACAAGGUGGACAUGAGAGGCCAGACGCCCGCCAGACGCUGCGUCAGCACUUUGCACGGAGAGAAGUUGGCCACGGCAUACGGCGCGUUGUUCUGCGAAACCAGCGCCAAAGAAGGGACCAACGUGGUGGAGGCGGUGCUCCAUCUGGCCAGAGAAGUGAAGAAGAAGGUGAAAGUGAAACACAAAACGUCUCCGGUGGACCUUUUGGCCACAAAUGCCAAGAAGACUUUUGGCACAUGCUGCCGCCUGUAGAUGCACUUUGGAAUCAAAACUUUUUUAUUUUCUCCAUGGCCUGGAAAGACCACCUGUACAAAUAUGCUGUAUAUUUUUGUAUUUAUUGGCUUGUAAGUACUUUUACCCAUUCCACAGUUUCACACGAAUCGCAUUUUACUGGUUUGCAAGCCCAACCUGCAUGUGAUUAGUUUUUGGGUUUUUUUUUUUUUUUUUUCUUCUCCCCCAUUUUAAAAUCUGAGGUGGAAUGAAACGAGGAGUAUUUUUGGAACUAUUUUAUCCGACCUCGGUGGAUGCGGUCGAGCAAUCUGAACACAUUCACUGGUCAUUGCACUUUU